GUUGAUGCUUGUUGCUCCUUAGCGGCGUCGUCAUACAGUACUGUACCUUCGCAACCCCCGCAAGCCGCUGCUUCUCCUUAUUUGAUCCGCCUGUACUCGUAAACUUACCCGUGCUUCGCUGUCCCCAAUCGUUACUGCAAGUCACCUCCAUCCAAGGCUGUGGACACUCUCGACCGUUAUCCUGUUAUCCUCGACCGAACACUUCAUCACGCAGCACUUCUUGUCCUGCUCACCAGGCAUCAAUCUCCAACAUCCAGUCGAAGACGACUACGAUCGCUUCCGUCCAUCCUAUCCCGCGAUUCUGACCACCCUAUGUCGGCAGUCUCCAAUGUCUCGUGUUGGCAACCAGGCCAGCCAUGAACAACAGUUCUCAGACCGGCCUGUACCAGUCUGCCAACAGUAGCACUUCCACCUUACGACCUCGCGGUGCCCGUCUCAUCUCCUAUCUCGGUGAUGACACGCUCGAGUCCAGAGACGACCCCACUGCCGUUCACACCUCCUCUUCCACCAAUCCACCACGUCUCUCCAGCAGAGGCGUCUCGCCCAACAAGAACACCGCUGUCAACCGCUCCAAGUCCAUCGAUAAAGCCAGACACGGCCGCUCAGAUCCAAUACAUACGAGAUCACCUUCGGAGCCACAAAAUCGCGCGGCCGGAGGGCAAGGCCUAUGGGAGUCAUGGUCCUCCUUCCAAGGACUGGCCUCGACCCUGUUGGGAAACGAAAUGUCGGGCUCUUCCAAGGACAAACCAAAUGGCCCGUUCAAGACGCCGAUCUGGUUCAAGCAGGACAAAUCAUACGCAUCCAAGCCGCCUGUCCCAAAAUGGGGUCCCAAAUCCGAGCCUUCGACCGAUGCUGCACAAGGGGCUAUCGAGAAGAGAAAGGCACUAGUGGAGGCAAAGAAAAGAGAGGCGCUACUGCUGGCAGGUGCGUCAGAGAAUCGCGAUAGCUUGGGGAGAUAUAAGAGAAGGGACUCCGAUGCAGCGGCCACUGAAACAGACGCAGGCGAAGACGCUCUUGUGUACUUGCAUAAAGUCCAGAAAGCAGAUACCAUGGCAGGGGUCGUGAUUAAGUACAAUUGUCAGGCUGAGCCUUUCCGAAAGAUCAAUCGCUUCUGGCCAAAUGACAACAUCCAGACCAGAACACAAGUUCUGAUCCCUCUGGAAGGCUCUACCAUCAAGGGCCGCAAAGUCGAGAGCCCUUAUCUUACCAAAGAUUUGUUCGACCCUGGCGUCGACAAAUCUAUCAGUAAGGCAACAACAACUUCGGGUUCAGGAAACGGGACGCCGUUAGCAAACGGCCCUGAUCACUCUCAGAAUUACCUUCCCUCCAUCUCCUCCACACUCACUCGUGAGCCAUUAUCGCUCAUCACCUCACUAUCCGAGGAUAUCGACUUCAAGCACGAUUCAUGGGUCGUACUUCCCAACUCGAACGAGCCUAUCGAGAUACUACGCGUUCCGCGACGCGCUCUAGGGUAUUUUCCUCGGGCACGACGGAAAUCGAACGUUACAGCCACCGACGCAUCCGCGGCUUCUACCCCCAAGACGUCUUUCGAUAAGCUUCGCCAUCCACCAAGCCACGCCGCUCAGAUUUCUGCAUCUCUGAACGCUUCACCAGUCCGCCGUCCCGUCAUUGGUCCUCGACUCAAUUCAGGCCGACAGCGCUCCUCGAGUGUCACUGGCAACUCUUUCGCUGAUGCCCUCCAAGGCCCUGGUGGCGUGGGAACGCUACGUGGUCUUAGAACAGAAACUUCGCGGCCUGGUCCUGCGGAUGACCCGCUCAAUCGCAAGCUCGCGCAGUACCUCCCUGAUCUGCUCCCACCAGAGGCUAUACCACGUACUGGAUUCAGUCUCAAACCUACACCUCGGGGUACGCCGCGCGCGAGUUUUGACUCGAUACGAAGUACACGUUCGAACUCGAACAGCUCGAACUUGGGCGAAGUCGGCGGUGCAAUCGAGGGAUGGGUGAAGAAGAUGGCAGGUGUCAAGAGAGAAAGGGGCGCCGCGAUCGAUAAGAUGGGCGAUCUGAUCGAGCUGGAAACUAACAGUGAGUCUGUCGAUCAGAGUGCUACCAGGGCUGGAGACGACACAUCUAUGUCCUCAGCGACGGAAGAGGCCCUUCUCAAUGAACGUUUCCCUAUGCGAGGACGAGUCAAGAGCGCCUAUGCUUCAAAUUCCGGUUCGGGCAAGGAUAAAGGGGAUUGACUUAUUACAUGGACAGGUGUUUAUGGUGUUGCUUUAUAGGAUACAUAGGUUAUAUAACUUUAGGCGUGUUGAAAGCGAAGGUAAUGGCAACUUGAUGGUGUGUUGGGUCGUAUCUGGCGAAUUUGCGACGCCUUUGUGACAUCGUACUUGUGUCUACGUUGCGUAUGCAGUGCGUGCCCUGUGUAACCGGGCAAGUGAAAUGGUAGGAGUCUGCGGCCAUGCUGGUGGCUACGAGUCACCGACGCCGACACCAACGCUCAUGAGGAAACGGGAAUAGGGGUUACGGUAGUAGACACUGGGCUUGUUCGCGGACCACGACAGACAUCUCUUCUAGUACAGCAAGACUAAAACUUCG